AUGUUACCUUGGGUUGUGUUUGAGCUGUCUGCUUAUAACCCUGUUCUGACACCAGGAAAGAUCUGUUGUGAACAUCAAGAGCUUCAGUGUUUAUGUCCAAACCUUGGAUCAGUAUUGACCGGAUCCUGCAUCAGUAUCACAGGCAUGCGUCGUGCUGAUCACGUCAGAUUCCUGCUCGCGGUAAACUUCACAAACAACAACAAAAAAAUCUUCCUCAUAAUGGCAUCUACAUCAGAAAGUGCUGACAUCACAGUUCUCUCCUGGAACAUUAAUGGUCUGAAAGGAAAACUAAAGAAACAUAAAACUAAACUACUGAAAAUCUUUGACCAAUAUGAUGUUGUGCUUCUGCAAGAGACCAAAAUUGGUCCAAUGGAUGGUGGUGAAAAGUCUGAUAAAGACUGGAUAAUCAUCACUGAGGCCUUACCAGAGAACUAUGUCUUAGUAAAACUAGAAGAUCCGACAUGCAGAGAAAGAACUGACAACAAGGAUGGGGAAGAGGAAGAGGAAAAGAAGGAAGAGGAGAAAAAAAUGUAUAUGACAUACUUCAGUUCAAACAGAAAAGGGGUUGCCAUUCUUAUCAAUAAACCACACACAAUUCUGAAUGCUUCUUGUGAGGGUGGAGAAUAUGCUUGGGUUCAUGUUGAGAUUGACAGUCAGAAGUACACUUUUGUAAGUGUGUACUACGAUGCUGAUGGUCCUAAUCUGAUAGGUCAUCUCAUGUUGAAGAUUUUCUACAACUUCUUAACAGAUGGGCCAGAUGCGUUUACAUGCACACCUGUGAUUGGUGGAGACUUUAACACAACACUUGACCCUGAACUGGACGCGAACAAAGAAAUCUCAAGACAUGCUCCACUGAGAAAAACACUGAAUGAUUUCAUGAGUAUACUGAAGCUCUCAGAUGUCUGGAGAAAAAAGCACGAUGAAGCACGAAUUUACACAUACAUUCAAAAUAAAGAACCUAAGAAACCAACAAAGUCCAGAUUAGACUAUAUUUUCAUGUUGGAGAAUGAUGUAAAAUAUGUAAAAAGUUGUGUUAUUUGCACGGAUAUAGCUCUGUCUGAUCAUUCCCCUGUGAGCCUUACUCUGAAGGUCUACUAAUGAUAGAAAGUUGGCUUCAAACAUUCAACAGCAUAGAGAAGAGUGAUUAGAAAAGCACAAGUUUAUUUUUCUAUGAAACUAUGCUAGUGAAUUAUUUCUAUUUAAGUUUGCAAAUUAAGCUUUAAAGGGGACCUAUUAUACAAAAUUCACUUUUGCCUGGUGUUUGGACAUAAAUGUGUGUUGGCAGUGUGUGUACACCACCAACCUUUAGUGAUAAAAAUUCACCCACUCCUUUUUUUUUUAAUCCCCAUAAAUCAGUGGUUCCCAACCUUUUUUAGG